GUUACGGUUCUAGCUGCCCGGCCAUCACUGCAUCAGAUCUGCGUCGCCUCAUGAAUCAGGAAAACACCAUUGCUCUUCUGAGGCAUUUCCGUGUCUUGAAAAUGCUGCCCUGCAAUGCUGCCUUGUCUCCUGUCUUGUCUCCUGUAACUUGCUUCUGAAAGGGUUCCAGAGCUGACUUGAAAAUCAAACCACAGGUCAACCACAGGUUACUAGUCAGAGGUGGCGCUGGCAAGGUCUGGCACUUUGCGGCAGAUCUUGAAGCGGCCUGGACGUCCACCGAGUCCACCGAGUUCGAGUUUUCUAGAAGGAGCAAGAAGAUUCUUGCUGAGUCAGCAACCUGAUGACUCAGCACAGCUGGCGCCGGCAACCAAUGGCGCUCUCUGGCACCCUCUGGCAGCAUUCUGAGCUUGAUUUAAUGGGUUGCCAGGGUGUUCCUCUUCAUUUCUCAUGAGAAGCAAGGGCCCAAAUCUGGAGGGAGCUCUGGACCAAACUCAGAAGCUGGCAUUCUGUGUCCAGCGCUCGGUGCAUGCAGUCGCGUGGACAUGCUCAGGUGGUGGCGUCCGCGGUGGACCUGCCGCGCUCGACGGAGGCGGUGUUCCAGGCGAUCGAGCGCGACGACAGGCAGAUUGUCCAAAUACUCGGCGACGCCUCAGGCUUCCACUUCCUGAGGGGUUCGCAUGGCAUCUGCGAUCCCUCAUCAGCGAGCUCAGUCUUGUAUGCGAACAACAUCCUGGCCAAGGUGGAGAGCUAUCUGGAGUAUGUGCCGAAGCUGAAGGCCGACCUGGAAAAGCAGGGUUUUGUGGUGACAGUCGAACCCAUCAAUCCAAAGGGCACCCCAAGGCGGCCGCCCCCAGAGGUUCCUCUCGGCUUCUAUGCGGACCCGGAGCUUCUCGACGACGAAGACUGGCGAGCAAAGUACAUCAUCACCCCGGAGCGGUACGAGGUUCUAAUCGCGAGGCCCGAGAACCUGAGCCCGAGGGAGCAGCUGCAGGAGUACUCGUACGCGAUGGUCAGGGAGGAGUACAAGGUCGACCCCGGCCGAGUCGAUCACGACUUCUACCUGCGCUUCUGCGCCGACUUAAACGAAGCGAAUGGUACAAAGGAGGCCCACGCCAACUAUCUGAGGUUCCGUGAACACCGCUCGAGGCCCUCGUCGGGGACCUGGACGUAGCGCAGCGGUACGAGGAUGGCGUGGUCCAGGAGUACGUCCGAGCAGUCCAAGAUCCUGCCAGCCGUGUGCCGAUCGCGGCACGCUUCCUUGCCUUCCUCGUUGAUUGCAAGGAGGCGGAGCUGGAUCACGAGUCGGAGCAGUGGGAGGUGACAUGCAGGCGGCCUAUGCUGAGCUCAUCGGGCCCACCAAGGAGCGCUUGAAGAGCAUCUUCAGCAUUUUCGGCUUCACGCAGCAGACCUCAAGGCCAUCGAAAGCCGCCGAUGGGAGAGUGAGCGAGGGCAAGGCCAAGAAGCGGAAUGCGGUGGCGAACAUGCUGAGGGCGGGCUUUGGGAUCGAGCUACAGAUGGCCGCCGAAAAGAGCGGGGGCAAAUUCAAAACGCCCCACCUGUUGACGCCGACUAUCUAUCACGAUCUCCAUCAGCGAUACGGUCCGCUUAGCCCGAAAGUGGCCGCUCCCGAACCGGAGUGCAUCAUCAGGCCGCGAAGGUGAUGAUUUAUUGUAGGAUAGGUGCUUGAGAUAGGAGGAUUCGAUUGGCAUCUCACAAUCUACAUAAUUUUGAUUGUAGUGGUUAUAGGCUUUCAUCGAUCUCAGAGCAUUUUGUGUAGAGCCUCUGUCUCAUAGUACGUUGACCAUUGCGGUAGAAGAAGAAGCCAUAGUUGCCCCCCCCGUGACCUUUAGCUAGGCAUGCGUUGCUUCUGCCUUACAGCUAGCCUGUCAAUAUGGACAGCUUGGCAGACUUCAUUGUAAAGCACGGUGGUGCAAAUUGUCAAGACCAUGCCGAGAACUUUUCAAGCGCGU